AUGGCGGCAAAAGCAAACUUCAAGAAUCCAGCCAAAAAGUCAAUUUUGAAGGUGCAGGAGGACCUAUGUGCCAAGAUGGAGUCAACUGCAGGACACACUGCAAGCGGUCAGAAACACCAACCAACCGAACGAGAGACUUACAGAUUCUCAAAAUCUCAUCAAGGUGAAGACCAGCACAAAGACUUACAGGCAAAGAUGGAGAAACAUAAAUUGAAGGCUUUGUGUGCUGCAUACCAAAAAAAUCCCGAAGAGUUCAACGCUGAGCCCACUGAGCUGCACAGCGACAUUGACAGGGAUGAAGAAAACAUAUUCUUAGAUCACUCUGUAUGCACUAAGGUAUCUAUGCCGCAUGCACUCACGUUCAGUGUGAGCAAAACUCCUCUAGUUGUCUUGGCUCCAAAGUCUUUCUCACCUACCAGUGAGCCGCACAAAGCUUCUGUGACUGUCGCGAGACCCACAAUGCUCAGUGGUGACAGCAGCAGUGAUGACAGCAGCUGCGAUGACACUGAGAGCAAGGAUCACAGUGACAGCGACUCCUCACCACUGGUUGUCAGGACCAAGUGCCAACUGCAGGACACUACUGUUGAAGAAACCAGGCCAAAAAUCAUGAAAGUGUUAAAUGGAUCGCGCCAACAAUUGAAGGCUAGUGAUUUUGACGAGCUCACUAAGGAUUUGCUUGCUACUGCAACAUCUAUCUAUCACUGUCUAAUUGUAACAUGA